AUGAGCAAACAAAAAUCGACAACAACUGUUAUCAGUGGUGCAGCAGCGAUGCCUAGCACCACCACUAUGAUCAACGCGAACAAUCGUGCUGCUGCUGUGUUGUCUCGACCUAUGCGUCGGGUUCUUCAAAAUUUCCUUUUGGUAUGGCUCGAUGCCAAUUUGCAAGAAUCAGAUAACGAUUUUAAGAAUUCAUUGCAACAUCUUCGAAAAAUUGUGGCAUCCAUCACAACGUUUACGGAUGCCCAAGAAUGUGUUAAUUUCCUUAGUGAAAUCAAAAAAGAAAAGAUAUUUAUGAUCGUAUCAGGUUCCUUGGGUCGUCAGAUAGUACCAGAAAUCGAAGUAUGGCCACAACUGGAAGCAAUUUAUGUGUUUUGCGGCAACCAAUCAGUUCAUGAACAAUGGGCUAAAAAAAUAAGCAAGGUUAAGGGUGUAUACACAAAAAUUGAACCAAUUUGUCAAGCACUUGAAAUCGAUCGACAACGAUGUGAUCAAGCUAUGAUCCCGAUCAGCUUUAAUGGUCGUGAUGCAUUAUUUAUGUAUACACAACUUUUAAAAGAAGCACUCUUGGAGAUCGAAGAUGACGAUAAAAAAUCCAUCAAAGAUUUGGUCGAUUACUGCCGUGAACAGGAUGAUAUUUCUGAAGAUCAAAUUAAACAAAUAGAACGUGAAUAUCGUAAUCAUACACCAAUAUGGUGGUAUACGGCUGAAACAUUUUUAUAUCCAAUGCUGAAUCGGGGACUCCGACAAAUGGAUGUUGACAUCAUCCUUAAAAUGGGCUUUUUCAUACGUCAUUUACAUCACCAUAUUACCGAACUACAUCGCGAACAAAAAGCCAACAUACCAACAAAUUUUCAAGUCUUCCGUGGACAAGGUUUGUCCAUGGAAGAUUUUGAAAAAAUGAAAAAAACCAAAGGAGGACUUAUGUCCUUUAAUAAUUUUCUGUCAACAAGUCGUAAUCGUGAGAUAUCUUUCAACAACUUUGCACGACCAGCAGCAUUUAAUACAAAUACAGUUGGCAUCCUUUUCAUUAUGAACAUUGACACGGCUAUUUGCACGAAAUCCUCAACACCAUUUGCUGAAGUAAACAACGUUGGUUACUACAAAGAUAAAGAGGAAGAAAUACUAUUUUCAACACAUGCGAUUUUUCGUAUCGAUCGCAUUGAACAAAUUCACGACAAUCACUCUGAUCGGCUAUACGAAGUUACUCUCACUAUUGUGGGUAAUCAAGAUGAUGACUUUAAUAAACUCACAGCACACAUACGCGAAGAUGUCAACUCGAAAGCACCAAAACGAGGAUGGUCACAACUAGCUUUCAUACUUCUCAAACUGGGCGAGCCUGCAAAAGCUGAGAAGCUCUACAAGAUACUCCUCCCUCAGGCAACUUCUGAUACGGCUCGAGCAGAUUACAACCAUAAGCUUGGCUGGGCGUAUAAUGACAUGGGCGAGUACUCAAAAGCACUUUCAUCGGACCAACGAUCACUUGAAAUCCGUAAAAUAGCUCUCCCUCCGAAUCAUCCCGACUUGGCUUCUUCCUACCUCAGCAUAGGUACGGUGUAUGCUAACAUGACCGAGUACUCAAAAGCACUUUCAUCAUAUGAACGAUCACUUGAAAUCCGUAAAAUAACUCUCCCUCCGAAUCAUCCCGACUUGGCUGCUUCCUACAUCAACAUCGGUAUAGUGUAUAAUAACAUGGGCGAGUACUCGAAAGCACUUUCAUCGUACGAACGAUCAUUUGAAAUCCAGAAAAUAGCUCUCCCUCCGAAUCAUCCCGACUUGGCUGCUUCCUACCUCAACAUCGGUUCGGUAUAUCAUAGCCUGCGCGAGUACUCGAAAGCACUUUCAUCGUAUGAACGAUCACUUGAAAUCCAGAAAAUAGCUCUCCCUCCGAAUCAUCCCGCCUUGGCUUUUUCCUACAACAACAUCGGUUCGGUGUAUAAUCACAUGGGCGAGUACUCGAAAGCACUUUCACAUUUCGAGAAAGCUCAAGAAAUUCGGAAAAUAUCACUGCCUCCAACACAUCCUCAUAUUGCUCUGGUGAAAAGCAACAUUGAAAUUGUAAAAAAGAAAAUGUAAUUGUUUUUUUUUUCGUUUUUAAAAGGUAAAUAAAUUGCUCUUCUUGAACCCAAACCUCGCCCAAGCAAGCAGCUGCAAAAUUUCGCGCACGCGCGACCAGAGAUACCCUCCGUAUUCUGCUGGCUCGUACAGUGGACAAAGCCGGCAAUGGUUAGGCAAACAUACAUCGAUGUAUGUAUGAAUAGUACAACCAUGAUCAUCAUCUUCGAAAAGACGAUGACGAAAUGGACGCUUCUAUUCAUGCAUACAUUGAUGUAUGCUAGGAAGGCCUACCAUCUGCACGCCUGCACGGGUCACCAACAGAACGUCAGACAUCCCUGGGAAGGUUCAAUUGUUUUAGAGCCACCCUCAAAAGCUCCAUUAGUUAGAAAAUUAUUUUUAUUCUUCUGUUACGAAGAACGACAAGAAGUAGAAACGGAAGAAAGUAAAGGUAUGAAAACGGAAAGACGCGAUGAAGGACGACAUCGACGUAACGGAAUCAUAAUACGCAGAGCACGAUAACAACCGAUGUUUGUCAAGCAAUGGAAUAUUAAGUGCACGAUAUCUUUGUCGUCUUUAAAUAUUUCAUGUUCAAUGCGUCUGUGUUUUGGUAUUGUCCCGAAAUUCGGAAGAAAAAAUCCGGAGGAAAAAAUCCGGAAAAAAAUAAAUCUGGAAAAAAAAAUCCGGAAAAAAAAAAUCUGGAAAAAAAAAUCCGGAAAAGAUAAAAUCGGGAAAAAUUCUGUAAA